AUGCUCUCACUAUCUGAGCUCAAAUACAUUGCAGAUGCCCAGUCCUCCUACCAUAUUUUGAAACCAUGGUGGGAUGUCUUCUGGUACUAUCUCACCCUGAUCAUGUUGCUGGUCGCUGUGUUGUCUGGAGCUCUCCAGCUCGCCGAUACCAAACUCUUGUGCUGUCUUCCUUGUAAAGUAGAACUCAACAAUCGUUGUGUAGUGCCUUGGGACAUGCUUAAACUCAACAGCACCCCCUCGAACCCCCUGUCACCAGUGACGCCGCCCAUCCGAAUCCAGAACGACCUUCACAAGCAGCAAUACUCCUACAUAGACGCCGUGUGCUACGAGAAGCAGCUCCACUGGUUCGCCAAGUUUUUCCCUUACCUGGUGCUCUUGCACACCCUCAUUUUUGCUGCGUGCAGUAACUUCUGGCUUCACUAUCCCAGCACCAGCUCCAGACUUGAGCAUUUUGUCUCCAUCCUCAAUAAGUGCUUUGAUUCUCCCUGGACCACUCGCGCCCUUUCGGAAACGGUAGCUGAACAGUCUGUGAGGGUCCCCCUCAGCAAGUCCAAAGCUUUGUUUUCACCAUCUGGAUUAUCUACAAACAUGAGCGCUAGCAAGCAGUCAUUACUCUUUGCCCAGUCGGGCUUGGACUCGGGGAUCGAAAGCCCAACUUCCAGCGUCCUGGACAAAAAAGAAGGCGAGCAAGCUAAAGCCAUCUUUGAAAAAGUAAAACGAUUCAGAUUGCAUGUAGAGCAGAAGGACAUCAUCUAUAGAGUGUACAUGAGGCAGAUUAUAAUCAAAGUCAUUUUGUUUGUCAUUAUCAUCGCUUACGUCCCCUAUUUUCUGACCUAUAUCACCCUAGAAAUCGACUGCCCCAUUGACAUGCAAGCCUUUACGGGAUACAAACGCUACCACUGCGUCUAUUCCUUAGCUGAGAUUUUUCAGGUCCUUGCUUCAUUUUAUGUGAUCAUGGUUCUCUUCUACGGUCUCACCUCUUCCUAUAGCUUGUGGUGGAUGCUGAGGAGUUCCCUUAAGGAAUACUCCUUUGAGGCAUUAAGAGAAAAGAGUAACUACAGUGACAUCCCAGAUGUCAAGAACGACUUUGCGUUCAUCCUUCACCUAGCAGACCAGUACGAUCCGCUCUACUCCAAGCGCUUCUCCAUAUUUCUCUCAGAGGUGAGCGAGAACAAGCUCAAACAGAUCAACCUCAAUAACGAAUGGACGAUGGAGAAGCUCAAAAAUAAGCUGGUGAGAAAUUCCCAAGACAAGGUGGAACUCCAUCUCUUUAUGUUGAAUGGGCUCCCGGACAACAUCUUUGAGCUGACGGACAUCGAGGUGCUCAGCCUGGAGCUGAUCCCUGAGGUCAAGCUACCAAACUCCAUUUCUCAACUGGUCAACCUCAAGGAGCUGAAUAUUUACCAUUCCUCCCUCGUGGUUGACCGCCCUGCACUGAACUUCCUGGAAGAGAAUUUGAAAAUACUACGUCUGAAAUUUACAGAAAGAGGGAAGAUCCCCCGUUGGAUAUUUCACCUCAAAAACCUCAAGGAACUUUACUUGUCCGGCUACAUUAUGGCCGAGACCUUCAACCCGGUACAGAGCGAGGGCUUUCAGGACCUCAAGAAUCUGAAGACGCUGUACCUGAAGAGUACUCUCUCGCGGAUCCCCCAGGUGAUCACCGAUAUGCUGCCUACGCUACAGAAGUUCUCCCUUGAUAACGAGGGGAACAAACUUGUGGUGUUGAACAAUCUGAAAAAGAUGAUCCAUCUGAAAAGUCUGGAACUCAUCAACUGUGAUUUAGAGCGCAUUCCUCACUCCAUUUUCAGCCUCUUCAAUCUGCAUGAAUUAAAUGUAAAAGAAAACAAUCUCAAAACCAUUGAAGAGAUCAUCAGCUUCCAGCAUCUCCAGAACCUUUCAUGCUUAAAGUUAUGGCACAACAAUAUCGCCUACAUUCCCGCCCAGAUCGGCACCCUUUCCAACCUGGAGCAACUCUAUCUGGACCACAACAAGAUUGAGAACCUGCCCCUGCAGCUCUUUCUCUGCACCAAACUGACACACCUGGAUCUUAGCUACAACAACCUGACGUUCAUUCCGGAGGAGAUUCAGUUUCUGACGAAUCUGCUGUAUUUUGCGGUGACAAACAACUACAUCGAAACUCUGCCAAAUGGAUUAUUUCAGUGCAAAAAACUGCAGACUUUACUGUUGGGGAAGAAUAGCCUGAUGACUCUGUCCCCCCUUAUUGGGGAGUUGACGAACCUGGUGCAGUUGGAGCUCAUCGGAAACCACCUAGAAGUCCUCCCCCCGGAGCUGGAAGCAUGUUCCUCUCUGAAGCGGAGCUGUGUGCUUGUGGAAGAAAACUUGCUGAACACCCUGUCUCCCCCGACCACAGAACGGUUGCAGACAUGCUUGGAUAAAUGUUGAACUAAGGAAGGAGACACACAUUGUGUCUCAAGAUAAUAAAGUUCCUGGGACUUGGAAUGAAAAGUUUUUUUUAAUCUUUUUUUUUAAUUGAAAAGAGGAAAAAUUGAUGGGGAGGAUUCAUGCAUCAGACAUAUAUAUAUAUACCCAUUGAUCUGCCAUGGCAUGGUUUACUAACAAAAUGCCUCGGCUAUCCCUAAACCCCACGGGUAAAAAUAAUAAUACUGGAAGAGAAUGUGCUUUCUAGGAGUAAUCAACCUUUAACUUUACUGAGCUGCUCCAAGCAGGACAUAUCUAUGGUGAUGUGGAGAAAGGCAGUCAUUAAACCCAUACCCAACUUUUCUUUGGAACUGGAAGAGUUGAAUGGGGCUCUUUACUUCUCCUUCCCAAUUAUUAAUU